UCUAUCCCCAGCUUGCCGCCAUGGGCCCCUCGGUACACUCGAACGGAUGGGACGUUCGUGAAACCGAACGAGACCAUGCUGAAGGAUGGCCAGACCGCUAUGGCCUACUACAGGAGCAUGUGGACUCCGAAGGACAUUGAGGCGGCAAAGGGCCUUUCCCAGAAGGACGUGUUCAGUCGCUUUCCCCAAUCUGCUAUGGAGACAUUGUUUGGGAUGAUGGCCAUGCAGAAGCAGGUGGAAAUGGGGAACGCCAGGGCCCGAAAGUAUUCUGACAGCCUGGAGGUGGCUAAUAAAGAGAACGACCUCCUUGCCAUGAAGAAUACCGAGGUGCUGGUUCGGCUUGACAAAGCCGAGCAAGAGAGAGAUGUCCUGAAAAAGGAGAAUGAUUCCCUUCAGGAUGAGAAGGACGCCCUCCAGCUCGAGAAGAGCGUCUGGCAGACUGAGCAGGAAUCACUCAGAGAAGAGAAGGCAGAACUCCAACGUCUUCUAGCUGAUGAACAGUCUGCUCGGAUGGCUUUUGAAAAAAGAGCUCUGGACGAGCGUACCGCUCUGAUCGACGUUAUCAGCAGAGUGGGUGGUGGGAUGCUGGCCCUUCAUGCUCGGUUCUCCAGGGUCGGUGCUCUUCGGUAUGCUCAAGGAUUCCGGGAAGGCUUCGCCGACCGGGUUCCGGAUGAGGGACAGACCAGCUCCACUCCGGAUGAGGUAGACAAGGAUCUGGGGAUCGAGCCUCUGGGGGUCUAUGUCGACCCAGAACCCACCGAAGCGGAGCGUAUAUUUGAUGAGUGCCAGGACAUCGCAUCCUCAAGGAUCAUCACAGCUCCUCCUACCGCUCUGCCACUGACCGCUCCCCAAUCGUCAACCGUGGCUCCCUCUGUAGCCACUGCUGACGCUGAACCCCAGCCGAACGACUCAGUUAUUCACCUGGAUUCCCCACCUCAUGAAGGUGAGGCGGCUGAUGGGGCCGAGGAGGCGAGUCGGCAGGACCAGGAUGCUGUUGGUACUGAGGCGUCUAGCUAGGGCUCCUUCGAAUUCUUCCAGUUCAUAUCUUCUUGUAAUGAUGGACACCUCUCUUUUGUAAACUAAAUGUUCAAUAUUAAUGAAAUGGCCGAACUCUUUUUCUCUAUGUGUUGUGCUCUGUUCAACUUAUCUUCAGUACAUAUAUAUCUUUUCUCUCUUUUUCUUUUUAUAUUAGUUUUGCUGUGUGUUUGUACGGCAAGUGCCUGGCGCUCGGCUAGAAUGCCACUUGCCACUUGGCUUUAAAUUUUUAGCAAGUGUCUGGCGUUCGGCUUAUAGUGCCACUUAUCUUGCUUAAGUGCCUGGCGCUCGGCUAGAA